GUUAUCUCUGUUCUUUAUCGAAUAUCUUAUUGGUCCAGGAUGGUCGUAUUCAUUUGAAUAGAUAUCUCCAUAAAUAUACCAGUCUAGGGUUUCAACAAGAAUGCUCUGACUAAGACGCACCUUGUCGUAGCAUCCGAAACCAUGCGCCGUCGAGCCUAAUGUGCUGAUCGACGGGACGCUACGCGAACUAAAUUUACUUUCUCAGGUCCCGUACCAAGUUUGAUAGGUUACUUUGCAGGCAUGGGAGCUGAUGACAUGGCGUUAUCUGGGCUUUAAAUGGGAGAGCUGAAAAUUGCCAAGGCUGUUCAGCCACUUGGAUAGGCGAGGGUUAUGGCAGAUGGUCUAAGAACCAUGCCCGGUACCGUAGUAGUGCAGCAGUAGCGCCGCGAUGGCCUCGCUCCGCCACGAGUCGAACGGGAAGAUAUUAGACACGCAUGUCCUCCUACAAGGCUACAACAUGAUGGGAACGAGACUCUUUUCUUUCUUUUGGACUGACGGCAUCCUCCUAGGACAUAAUAGCACAUCUGUCCGGCAAUGAUUCGGAAGCGCUCAAGGGAUCACUAAAUAAAGACGGCGUCAUGUCGCACAUCACCACGGCGCCACGCACGGCGAAGGUAGCGUUUGAUGCCUUACCCCGAUUGCAUACGCGGAAUGUGAGCUCGGGAAGUUUUGAUGGACCCUACGAGUACGAUAAUGAUUUGACACAACGGCAUGAACAACGAUACGAUAGGGAAGAUCCCUCAUAUGAAAGAAGACAUUACGAUGGUUCGAUAGGUUCAAGCAGUGAGGAAGAGGGUCUUCCCAAGUAUGGUAGUGAUCGGUCAUGGUCUGGUAGGGGAAUGGACUAUACUCAGAUUCCAACUGGCUACAAGCCUGACAUGAUAACCUAUAGCGAAACUACUCUAGACGUUGCACCGGAAAUAGAUCGAGAGCGUCCCAACUAUAAACCGUCUGCACUUAGAUGGCCGUUCUUAACCGUUUUACUACUUGUAGUAUCAACCCUCGUUGGGUUGAUAGUGUGGGCUUUACACGUUCUCCCUGUUCUCAACAACGAUCUCAACGUCUUAACCGAGGGAAUUCACAAGAGAGAAGUUCAGGAGCUGUCGUCUUAUACAAUCAUUCGAAUCGCUUUUACAGAUGUUAGGCCCAUUCUCCUAUCUACUCCCCUAAAGGGCCGUGCUGAAAAUGCCUCUUCACCUACGUCUUCACCUACGUCCGAGUAUACAUCGCCGACAGCAGUCGCAACACCUGCUGGGAGCGACUUUGGACACGUCGGUGAUCAGACUAUAACCGAACCAGCGGGGCCAACGACAACACCACCGGCGGCUCAGGACACUACUAAGCCUAAGGCCGACACUACGUCACAAAUCUCUACAGCCUACUCCAAGCCGGAGGAAGACUUCGGCCAUGUCGGUGGGCCUGUUACUAUCUCGGAGCAGGCGCCAACAUCGCUGUAUGUGCCUGGGACAACCAACUACGGCGAUGUAGGGUCGAAGAUAGUGACAGAAACUAUACCAGAAUCAGAUUACGGUGAUAUUGGAUCGACAUCAAUAUACGAGUCCGUGGCAUCCACAAACCACGGCGGCAUCGGCACAAUUACGAUCUCGGAAACAGUACCACGGACACCAACCUUCGUAACGCCAACUGCUACCGUUGUAACGAACUCAGAGGGUGUAACCACGACUUCAACAAGCAUCCCGGAACCCAUCUCAACACCUCAAACGACCACUCUUACCGACUCCCAAGGCCAACCUACAGCCACACAAGAAACCAGUGUGCUCGUCACGCCCUCUGUCAUAACCCAGACAGAUUCAACCGGGAAACCCACCGCAACAGAAACAUUAUACCCGAUAAUUCCUCCCCCAUCGGACGAUAGCGAGGACAACAACGACAACGUUGUAACUAAGGUCUACCAUAUCAACCAUGUGCAAUACUUCAUUGGCAGUUUCCUACCCACGCUCCUAGCCAUCGCUCUAGCGAUUCCUGUCCGCAUCCUCGACGUCAAUGCGAAGAUUCUACAACCAUGGCACGAGCUGGCACAUGACCGCGGAGCCUCCGGUCGGGAAUCGCUAUGUCUGAAUACCUCAGGCCUGCAGUCUAUUACCGCAAGUUUGCGUUCGCUGGUCGGUGGUCAAGCUCUCGUGUUCCUGACGACCGUGCUUGUGCUCGCCUCUGCACUGCUAAUCCCUAUCUCUGCUGAAGCUGUCAAAUUUGACUUGCGCGGUAUUGGGUGCGUCGCGGGUAGCGGAAAUGCUAGCAACUGCGCAUAUGUGCUCAGCGUGUUCGAUCAAGCAGCCAAGGCCACGGCUGCAUUAUUGGCGUUGAUGGGUCUCGCGACCUUGAUGUUGAUUGUAGUGUUGGCACGAUGGCGCUCUGGAAUUAGCACAAACCCUUGGAGUAUCUGUGGAACGGCAUCGCUGUCGCUGAACCCGGAUGUACGGCUUCUGUUCACGAGCUUACCUGCCGGUAUCGACGCGGGUAAGAUGCCUAAGAGUCUCCUCGAGUCUGUUCUAGAAGAUCGGUGGUUCAAAUUGGGGUACUUCUACGGUGCGAACGGGACGGUCGAGUAUGGAGUGAUGCUACGUGAAAAUGCGUAUAGUAAUAAGUACGCUCUGGGUCAAAUAGGGGGCGAAGAAAAAGAGCCGCAAGAUCAUCACGCAGCACCGACGAAACCGAAGCAUCACUUGCCUUUUCUUAUGUUAGGGUAUAUAGGACGAGGCUUGUUCUUGUUUAUUCUAUGUGGGCUACUGGGUCUGAUAUUAUACUACAACAACACUGGCGGAGAUACAGCGUUUGAGAGGUUUAUGGAUAGCGAGUCGUUUGGAGUACGGUUUUUGUUUACCGCUGUCGGUGUUGUUAUUAGUUUCUUCUGGGCCUCAUUCUUCAGUAGCAUCGCUAUUCUAAGCCCCUAUCAGCUCUUGGCCAGUUCACCCCAACAUGCCCGGCGAUCAAUCCUACUUGCGCCACCAACCAAUGCAUUCUCAGGGCUCCUAUCCUCAGUACGGCGGCGUCACGGUUUCCUCGCCGUUGUUGCAUUAACUUCCAUCCUAUCCGAGUUCCUAACUAUCUUCCUUAGCAAUAUCCCUUACCGGGUCACACAGACCUUCCUACUACACCAGGUCUGUACGUGGUCUGCUGUUGGCAUCCUCUGUGUCAUGGUACUUGUUGUUGUUGCCUCCUUCUUUAUCACUUGGCCGCAUAUGCCUGUCGAUCCUAGUACCAUCGCGGGAGCCAUGUACUACAUAUGUGAUUCGUGGAUGCUUAGCCGUUUUGAGGGUUUAAGUACAUUAAAGCGUAAGGAUAGAGACUGGCGCGUUAACGAGAUGGGGCUAAAGUACGAGUUUGGAGAGAUCAGGGGCGCCUCAGGCAUAGCGCGAAUCGGCGUGGAUGCAUCGUCAUCGUCUGGAGGGAUGGGUUGGGCGUAA